AUGACUGUCAUGGAUACGCGCCACCAUGACGAAACUACGAGUCAAAGGUCUUGCGGUCUAGCCACGCCUGCAGCACCAGCACUCUCGCGAAAUGUGUUGCUACAGCGGAAACUAUUUACUGAGAUUGAAAUGAACUUAAAUGAUCUUUGCUCGUUUACGGCACAGUUCCCAGAAUCAUCGCAGACUAUUGGUGGUCAUCUUCGCGAUGAUGAGUUUCAGUUUACGACACCGAAAUGGCGAAGGGCCCCGGAUGGCCUCCAUUUAGUCUGUAAUUUUUGCGGUAGUGAAAGCCGCUUUUCAGAGAAACAUAUCGAAGUUGACAUGGAGCGUUAUGGCGGCGAACUCGCAGUCGACUAUAUGGAAGCCUAUUAUAAGCUUGCAAGCAAGAAAUUUGUUGACGACAUCAGUGUGCUGGCAGUGGAGCGGUGUCUUAUCAACAAACUACCAUCCUUAUUUCCAUCAGGAACCAUCCUAGACCUUCGUGAUGAUGAAGUAGCCUAUAUCGCCAGAGAAAGUGAUACACUGGCGCUAGAGAGGAGUCGGUAUGGGCAGAAGCUUGCGACUUUGGAGGAUGCCAAAACCGACCUCAAGCAACUUGAUAUUCACCGCGCAUUAGACCUUGCAUCGCCUCUACCUGAAGCUGUAGACCAAGUCUUUCUCAAUAAAGUACCUUUUAGGGACCGAACUCCAAAGAAUUCUUCAAUGGAGCUAACUCAGGAGCUAUCUGCAACCACUCUGUUGACGCUUGCAGAGGAAUUCGAAAGUCUGGAAGAUGAGCUUGUGCACGCUUUGGACGUCUUGUAUGAGACGUGGAAGAAAGUUUUGGGACAUGAGGAGGCUCUCCAAUAUGUUGAUGAGGAAUCUGUCCAAAUCAUGAAGACACUUUUACAUCCCGACGAGUAUCAAGUGCAAGUUUCACUCCAACGGCUAGCUCUGGCUGCCUACGACAUAAUGCAUCCGGAAUCUACCACGGCCAAGAAUGCCUCCGAGGAAAAGAUCUGA